AUGACAGCAGCACCAAAGAAAAGAUCAAGAAAUGGUUGUUUCAGUUGUAAGAAAUUGAGAAUUAAGUGUGAUGAAGCUAAACCCCGAUGUGAAUAUUGCGUACAUACCAAUAGAGAAUGUAUAUACCCAGUUCCGAAAUCAUCAAUAGGAUCAUCUCGAUCACAAUCUCCAGUCACACCAAUGGUAAGCAAUAGCUUAUCCACACUUGAUUCAAUGGAUUUUUUAGGGGAAGGAAUGUCUUCAUCAUCGUUAAAUACGAGUAAUUCCAGUCCUAUGUCACCGGUUGAAGAUUCAAAUCCUCUGCUGUAUUUUGGCGAAGAUCCAGACUUGUUAGAAGACAUCUUACCGCGAUCACCUAACCCUACUUCCGAUCUCAUGUUAACUCAAGCAAGUUCAUUACUUGGGAUAUCCCGAUUUGAAUUAAAACUAGUUGAUUUCUUCAAUCGCGAGUGUAUAAAUUUAUUAUCAUUUGGAGUUAAUAGAGGUGUUCAACGGACUUGGGAAUUUGAAGUUCCUCAUAUAUUCCUUCAAAGUGAAUUACUUCGACAAAGUAUAUUUUCCUUUUCCGCAAUAGGAUUAAUGACAACCUUAAACAUCGGUAUAGAUGAACUAUACUAUCAAGACAACAACGACAUCGCUCAGCUACAACUAUCUCACAAAUCAGCCAGGGACUACCUCUUUACUAAAACAACUGAUUAUUUCAUGAACGCCCUUGCCGAGACCACCAAAUCAGUCGCUUUGGGCCCGAACAUUUCACCCUUGAGAGCAAAAGAAUUAUUCACGUCAAGUAUAUUAAUCUUCGCUUAUCUCGGCAUCCACCCCCAUAAACUCCUUCCAUUAAUCUCCUUCUCCAGAACCGAAACCGACCUUAUAUCAAUCACAAAAGGAAUGCGUACGGUAUUUGUCGAAUGCGUACCGAUUAUCGCCAGAACUGAACUACAUCAAUUGCUUCUCUGGGGAGACAAUCAAGAAAUCAUUUCUCCUCCGCACAAUUUCAAAUCGAGCCCAUAUCCAAUUAUAAAAACACUCAGAGAUGAUUUAUAUGCCUUGGUCGGAAACUCUUCACUUGAUCUCGAGACAAUGGAUAAGAUCGAAAUCUAUAAAUCAGGAAUUGAAUAUCUAAACAAGGCAUUAUUCGAAUGUAUGCAUUUCAAAUUCCCCAUACCUUUAUAUCGAUGGGUUCUUCUCCUCCCGAACGAAUUUCGUGAAUUACUAUACAUCCAGGAUGAAUUCACCCUUCGGUUAUUAUUCAUCUUUUCUUGCUUGUGUUCGAUUUGCAGGUUUCAAUUAUAUGAUGAGAAUAAUAUGUGGAAUGAUUAUGUGGAGUGGUAUGUUAAUGGAUAUAAGCGUGGAUAUUUGGGUGAUACGGGGGGGUUGGAUGCGUGUCUUUAUGAAUUGGCUAUGGUUAAGAAGUUUAGAUUUGAUCAGUUUGAUAGGAUUGGACAUUUUGAUCCGGUUGUUGAAUUUGGGUUGAUUGACGCCAUGAUUUAG